GCGGGGCCGCAUUGCGCGGGGAAGGGCGCGCGGCGGCACCGGCGGCCGCCAUGGCGGUGGAUAUCACCCUGCUCUUCAAGGCCAGCGUGAAGACUGUGAAGACCCGCAACAAGGCGCUGGGGGUGGCGGCGGCGGGGGACAGCGCCAGGGACGAGCUGCUCAAGCGGGGUACCGCCCGCUUCAAAAGCGACUUCACCAGCAGGGCGCGGGAGGUGAUUUCUCAUAUUGGAAAGCUGAAAGAUUUUCUUCUACAACACAGAAAGGAUUACAUUAAUGCUUACAGCCAUAUUAUGUCUGAGUAUGUGAGGAUGACGGAUACAGAGCGUGACCAGAUAGAUCAAGAUGCCCAGGUGUUUAUGAGAACAUGUGCUGAUGCCAUUCAUCAGCUCAGAACAGAAGCACACAAGGGUGUCCAGUCUGCUCAGGUGAAGGAGCACAGAACAGCUGUCCUGGACUUCAUUGAAGAUUACUUAAAAAGAGUGUGCAAGCUGUAUUCUGAGCAGAGAGCCAUCCGAGUUAAGCGAGUGAUAGAUAAGAAGAGACUGUCCAAACUUGAACCUGAGCAGAGCAGUGUGUCCAAAUCACCUCUUUCCGCUGAAAAAUCUUCACACAGUCCUUUAGAGGAUUCUGAAGAAAAACUUUCUGCUGAGGAAAGCAAAGACAGGAAUCUGCCUGAUGCCCAAAGUAACCUUGGAUUAUGGGGGGAUGGCAGAGGUGAAGAUGAGCUGUCACCUGAAGAAAUACAAAUGUUUGAACAGGAGAACCAGAGACUUGUUGGUGAAAUGAACAAUCUCUUCGAUGAAGUCAGACAAAUUGAAGGAAAAGUGGUGGAAAUCUCCAGAUUACAAGAGAUAUUCACUGAGAAAGUCUUGCAACAGGAGACUGAUAUUGACAACAUCCAUCAAUUAGUUGUGGGUGCAACAGAGAAUAUAAAAGAAGGCAAUGAAGACAUAAGAGAGGCCAUCAAAAACAAUGCUGGAUUUAGAGUAUGGAUCCUCUUUUUCCUUGUGAUGUGUUCAUUCUCCUUGCUCUUCCUGGACUGGUAUGAUAAUUAAUUAAACAUAUAUUGGCUCCAUGCUCUGUUUGUAAAUGUUCUGACAUUUUUUUAGUGGAGCAGGGUAUAACAGCAUACCUAUGUAUUUUAAGCAUUUUCUCAUACCUCUGCAAUGGAAAUGUUUUCCAGUAAAUAAAUUGUGCAUAUAUCCAUUAGUACAUUCGUUUUAAAUCCCUGUAUCAAACAUAAAACCACGCUUAUCUUCUGGAGAACAUAAAAGUGUUUGAAAGAGCUGUGAAGAAAGCUACACGCUGGAGCAGACCUAACAGAAGAAAAAAACAAUACUGGUUUUAUCACAGCCACCCACCUGUGCUGUGGAAAGUCCAGCUCCCAUCCCAGAGCAAGAGAAAACUGUUACUGUGCAGAAGCAUCUACGCUGUCUCAGGCAUUUAUUUCAUCACACUACUUCAGUACACAGUGAUCACUUUGCACAUAAAUGACCUUUACUUCUAAUCCUUUGAAACUACUUGUCUCAGAAAUCAGCUUGAUCUAAUGGCACUAAUAAUGAUAAGGAGUCAAGGAAAGAGCUUUACUUGAAAGUGAAAAGAGAGAAUACAACACAAACAGAUUGUGCAAUGAAACAUGUUCUGAGAUGCUGGAAUAAAGCCAAAGGAUAGACAGUUAAAGUAAAACUCCUCAAAGUACUAAACCUGGGAGCAAUUUGAUAACUAAAAAAAGUCUCAAAACCAAGUGUAGGUAAGACACAAUAAACUCCCUCCUGAUAAAUCAGACAGAAAAUGGUUUUGACUUCAAGAAGCAUAAACAAUCUGUUUCUCCUAGAUCGUAAGGCUUACUAAUUUUUAUUGUUUAUUGUUAUGAGGAGAAAAAGAAGUUGUUUCUCAUCAGUAUUUACUUUUGCAUUAAAGUUUUUAUUGUCCUAAAUUUAAGGGUGGAGAUGUAUCAUGAAUCAUUUCUAUUUAGAACAGUCUUGGGAAACAGACCUCUCCAUCCUGUAAAAUGUGAAUGUCCUCUCAAAGUAUGUUGAUUUGAAAUGUGUGUGCUUUCCUAUCUCUCUUCUGAAAUGUAUAUUUCUAUACAUUUUAUGCAACAGGUAGUAUCAUUCUUAUUCUUUACUAUGCACAGAGUGAAAAUGUCAAAAGUUACUUGUGAAUCAAUUAUAUUCAAUAAAGCAGAUGCCUGUUAGAAAAUGCAAACAUGGUAUGCUUUAAAGAUCUUCACAUAAGCUUGAUAUUUUUAAUUGCAAAGAAAAAUUUGGCACAUAGUUUAUUGCUUCUUAGGCAUUCCACAUACCAUGAUGACUUAAUAAAAAGCCUUUCACAGCU